GGCAGCCAGGGAGACCCGGGACCCCCAGGACCCCCGGGCAGUGCUGGCCCACCGGGUACCCAGGGCCCAGCUGGCACCAAGGUACGGUAUCGGCAUUGUCAUUGGCAUGUUCGACCUGGGCUUGCCCGGUCCCCAGGGCAGCAUGGGGCUGCCUGGCCCCUCUGGCCCUCCUGGCCCAGGGGGGGAGAGUGGGAAGCCAGGCGUGCCGGGCAGGGAUGGCGUGCCAGGGAAGGACGGCGAGGCGGGGAUGCCUGGAAAGAUGGGCAUGCCGGGACCCUCAGGACCUGCUGGUCCCAAGGGAGAGCCAGGGGAUGCAGGAGCCCCAGGGCAGGGCUCCAAGGGUGACCGAGGGUUGCCAGGCCCCAAGGGCGAGAAGGGGAGUGCUGGAUCGCCAGGGGUCGGUGUGCAGGGACCACCAGGACAGGACGGGCCUCCAGGCUUGAAGGGUGACAUCGGCUUGCCAGGACCACCGGGACCCCCGGGCUUAGCGGGCAUCGCUGGGACACCGGGACAGCCUGGCCUGAGAGGGGACAGUGGGCAGCCUGGCCCCCCAGGUCCCCCGGGAGAGAGGGGUGAAGACGGGCGCCCGGGGUCAGAAGGGGACCGCGGGCCGGCGGGCUUGCCUGGGAACCGGGGGGAGCGCGGGGACAAGGGAGAUGUUGGGCCCUCGGGGCCCAAAGGAGACAAGGGCGAUACUGUGGUGGUGGAGGGGCCUGCUGGAGCACGGGGCACCAAGGGGGAGCCGGGAGACCGUGGCCUGAAGGGCAUGGAAGGGGACAAAGGGGACAAGGGGGAGCAAGGCAUGCCUGGAGAGAAGGGGGCGAGGGGCGAUCAAGGUGAGAAGGGCUCCAUGGGCUUCCCCGGGGCACGUGGUCCUGGCGGGCAGAAGGGCCAGCCUGGCCGCGAUGGGAUCCCCGGAGCCCGGGGAGAGAAGGGGGACAUGGGACCCCUGGGCAUGCGCGGUCCCAAGGGUGACCGGGGCAUGAAAGGCGCCUGCGGCCUCGAUGGGGACAAGGGCGAGAAGGGAGAGCUGGGUCUGUCAGGACCACCGGGCAUCCCCGGGAAGGAAGGGCUCAUGGGACCCAAG